AUGAUCGCACCCCGUGAGGGUAAGAACACCAAAUCUUCUAAACUGAAAACGAUCGUCAUAAGUCCAAAGACAGAGAAACCUCGGAAGAAACGGUGCAAGAUUAUAGAAAUUAAGCCGGCACCCGUUAACGUCUCGUUUAAGAAACUCAACGAAGCUCACAAACACCAAGCUAAUCUAAAGGAAAUCCUACUUUGCUCGAAUGCGACGCCAAUCCGCUGUCGGGGGAGCGUGGGGUAUGCUUGCUGUUUCUGCAGCGACCAGUACCGCGAUCCAGCAGAUUUGAAGCAACAUACUAUAACCUCCCACGACGACACGACUAAAGCUGACUACAUGAAAGGCGAGUCCAUCGUAGGUUUCAUCGUAAAGCUGGACAUAACGUCGCUCCGAUGCAACAUCUGUUCCUCGACUAUAAGGGAAUUAGGACAGUUAAUGGAGCACUUGAAAGUCGCUCACGACCGUCCUGUAAUCACAGAUUUGAAGAACCACUUAGUCCCGUUCAGAUUCGAAUCCAACUUGCACACUUGCGUGGAGUGUUCAGCAGAAUUUAGUAAUUUUAAAGUGUUGUUAGCGCACAUGAACGAGCAUUACAGGAACUGCAUAUGCGAAAUAUGCGGGGCUGGGUUUGUUACUAAGCGGAUAUUACAGGCGCAUAGUUACAGGCAUAUCACUGGUGACUUUAGCUGCCGCUACUGCCCUAAAGUAUUCGAUGCUAAGUUGCGUAUGCAGGAACACGAACGGAACGUCCACGUUCUGAUGAACAAGCGGAACAAAUGCGGAUACUGUGGGGAGAAGUUUACAGAUUACACUAAGAAGAACGACCACGAAGUGAAGGUUCAUGGGGUGGAGCCGGUAGUCCUGCACUGUCAGGCUUGCACCAAGACGUUCGAUAACCAAAGGUCGCUUACAGUCCAUACUAAAACAUUCCAUUUGAUGCAGAGGCGGAGUCCAAAAACAUCAAAUCCUUUGAAAUUAUAA